CCCUGUCCGUCUGUCGUCCCCGGCCCGGGCCAGCCGGGGCAGCGGCCACCCCCCAAAGGGGCGCAGUGUGCGGCUGAGGAGGCGGCGCAGGCCGCCAUUUCUGCGAGACACAAGAAGAGACUUAAUUACAGAUCCCCGGGUGAGACAGCCCGUCGUGCCCUCCGUCCGGCCCCCGGCUCGGCAUGGCCCGGCUGCGAGUCUCCAGCACCACGGUGGCCGUGCUCCUGGUGGUGCAGACCGGCUUCCUGCUCUUCCUCUACUCCCGCCACGGCCGCUCGCCGCCGGCGCCUGAGGAGCCGGGGGGCCGCGUGCACGUGCUGAUCCUGUCCUCGUGGCGCUCGGGCUCCUCCUUCGUGGGGCAGCUCUUCAGCCAGCACCCGGACGUCUUCUACUUGAUGGAGCCCGCCUGGCACGUGUGGGUGUCCCUGGCCCAGGGCAGGGCCGCCGUGCUCCACAUGGCCGUGCGGGACCUGGUGCGCUCCGUCUUCCUCUGCGACAUGGACGUCUUCGACGCCUACCUGCCCUGGCGCCGGAACCUCUCGGACCUCUUCCAGUGGGCGACGAGCCGGGCCCUGUGCUCCCCGCCGGCCUGCGGCGCCUUCCGGCGGGACGCCAUCUCCGGCGAGGCCGCCUGCAAGACGCUGUGCGGCCGGCAGCCCUUCGCGGUGGUGGCGGAGGCCUGCCGCUCCUACAGCCACGUGGUGGUCAAGGAGGUGCGUUUCUUCAACCUGCGGGUCCUCUACCCGCUGCUGACCGACCCCUCCCUCGACCUCCGCGUCGUCCACCUGGUGCGCGACCCCCGGGCCGUGCUCAAGUCGCGGGAGCAGUCGGCCAAGGCCCUGGCCCGGGACAACGGCAUCGUCCUGGGCACCAACGGGACGCGGGUGGAGCUGGACCCGGGGCUGAGGGUGGUGCAGGAGGUCUGCCGCAGCCACGUGCGCAUCGUCGAGGCGGCCACCGUCAAGCCCCCGCCCUUCCUGCGGGACCGCUAUCGGCUGGUGCGGUUCGAGGACCUGGUGCGCGACCCGCUGGCCGAGAUCCGGGGCAUGUACGACUUCGCCGGCCUCCGCCUCACGCCCCGGCUCGGGUCCUGGAUCUACAACAUCACCCACGGUCCGGGCCCCGGCCGGCGCGGGGAGGCUUUUAAGAUCACCUCCCGGGACGCCCUCAACGUCUCCCAGGCCUGGCGUCAGGCUCUGCCCUUCUCCAAGAUCCGCCGGGUGCAGGAACUGUGUGGCGGGGCCCUGCGGGUGCUGGGCUACCGGUCCGUGGACUCGGAACAGGAGCAGAGGGAUCUCACCCUGGACCUGCUGCUCCCCCGGGGCCGGAGCCAGUUCAGCUGGGCUUCAUCCAUGUCCUUUUUCUCUCGGGAGAAGUAGCGCCCGGGGGCCUUUUUGGAAGAGGCUCGUGCGGGGUUGGGCACUCGAACUCCCACAUUCCCGCUGGAUUCCCACCCCCCCCCCCCCGGGAAGCUCGGUGAUGCCAGCUGCUUGCAGGCGCCCCCUCCCCGGCUCCAAGACCGGCUGAGUCCGGAAACGGGAUCCCACGAGAGUGAUCUUGAUUUUCUAAAUGAAUGGCCUUUUCGAGUUCCCCAGUCCUGCUGUUUUUGUUUAUUUUUUCCCCAGCUUUGACCCCGAUUUUGCUCUGGCCCUUUGGCUCCUUUUCAGUUCUUCCUAGUCCUUCAGCCUUAGGGCAGGGGACGGGGUGGGGGGCAUCUCCUGGCCUGGUUUCUGGAACACGGGUAACCAAGUCCAGCGAAAAAGUGUGCCCCUGGGCACUCCAGUCUGGAACGCUGACUGGCUGGCUGAACGUGGGCCGCCGUCUCUUGGGAGCCCAGAACAAGAUGGACAGAAAUUGGCACCUUAUAGCUUCUCCAGCCUUUCCCCUCCCAUAGCCGUAGGAACAUCUCGAGGGGAUAUUUGGGAGCCGAUAUGAGUUCUUUUGAGUAGGCUCCUCUAGCUGCAUCUGUACCCGUUCCCCAUCUCUGUUCACGUCGUAGACCCUCGACCUAUGCGCAAUCCAUAGAAAAAACAUUUAUUUUUAUUUCCCCACUAGCCACGGUUGCAAAACCCAAGCCUCUAAGCAUUUAGGGGCCUCCAUGGGACAUGGGAGUUCAGCAAGUAGAUUGCAGCCUCCCGGCUCAUCGGGGUGAGCACUGUGAGUGGCAGAGAGAAGGGGGUACCGCGAGACAUCUCUCGGACAGAGAUCAGCAGGAUUAUCCACAGUAACCAGCCGGGGUGCAGGACUGGCAGUGAAUUAAAUCCUAGCGAGACCUUACCUGGGUAUGCAAUCGUGCCCGCUCAGUGGAUAAAGAAGGCGAAUCAUUCCCGUAACCGUGGAUUUUUUUCCAUCAGGGUUAAAGGAAGGCUAGGAGGCUCCGUGGGUUAAAGUGAUAAAGUAGAGAGGGCUAGAGAUGAGCAUGGGGUUUCUGGUUGGUGUUUGAACUUUUUAGGGGGCCCGUUUUCCCAGGAGCAAGUCCACCUCACCGUCAUCAUCAAGCAACACUUCCCUGGGCUAAGCGCUGAGCUCGUUGCACCGGAUUACCCUCCGGAUCAGUUGCUCACGGAAGGAAGUACGUGUUCUUCUACUGGGGCCUCCGGUGCAUAUGCGGUGUGCUUCGCUGUGCUACCGAGACCAGAGAUUCAAACCACGCUAACCACUCCCUGUAGGUCAAGGGACGUCUGAGAAGAAAGCCCGAUAGCGAUGUCACAGCCGGAAGAGAAGGUGGAGUUAAGAUGGACCCGCUCAGGCUGCCUGCUGCUACCUCACAGGAUGCUCUUCUCCUCUCCCUCAGCUGAAACUCCCCCCUCUUGUGCAUCUGGGUGGGAGAGACUGGCCAAUGGACAUCACGGAAUUUGCUUCACUUUGAGAGUAGUGGUGAUUGAAGACACGCAAAAUUGACACCAGCAUCAGUCACUGCGCGAUAAAUCGCAGCACGUUGGUGAUUCACAGAAAAUCUUCUGGGGUUAUUGAUGCAUCAUUUGGUGGCCACACCUUUUUAAUUUUAGACUAAUAUUUUUUAAAAGUACGGAAACCUGUAAAGUGCUCACAGUAUUUUAAAAUACACUUACCGUCUUUCAUUGUC